AUUCUGGACGGGGUGAGUUGCCGGAGCGCGAGGCCCCGGUUACCGGCAACAGAGGCCGGUUCCUGGGAUGUCGGCUGAUAGAACCGAGGGUUUCCCACACUUGUUCCUGAAUGAAGGACUAUAAUGUUUCUGUCAAGAUUGGCUUUGCAACUUGUGAAAGCACCUAGAUUGCCUGGAAUACAAUCUGUUCUUGGCUCUGCUACUCAGCAAUGUAAAGCACUAUCCAGAAAUUGCUACACGCAGCCUCAUCAAACUAAGGUGAAGCCACAACGUUGGUGUACACUAGAUCCUGAGCUGGAGGAGUUCCUGAUUCCGCGGAAAUUGUCCAUUAGCCCAUUAGAAAGUUGGCUAACAUUUAGACACUGUGUACCCAGAUUGGGUCAAAACCAUGAGCAAAGUAUCAGGAUAAGUGUCCAGCGUCCUUCUCAGCAUUAUGACUGCCCUUCAACUGAGGGAGCUCUACAAUUUGAAGAGAAUGGAGAAGUGAUGAAUUACAAUAUAGAUAAAAUCCAGUGUAAAAAUGUACUGAAAAUUCGCAGGAGGAAAAUGAACAGGCACAAGUACAAAAAAUGGCUAAAGCGCACAAAGUUUUUACGUAGACGGAUCAAGGAAAACCGCAGGCAAAGGCGACAGAACAAGUUUGAGAAGGAUUUGAAGCAAAUCUGGAAGAAAGCUGGACUGAAGAAACCACCAGAAGGCUGGCAGCCACCAAAGAUAUUUGUGAAACGAUACCAUGGAAAAUCUGAGUGACACUGGAAACAGCAGCUGUGUUCUAUAUAAAGUGAAACAAAAUGUUUUGAAGAAUAGCUGUCUGGAGUCCUAUUUUAAAACCAUAAUCUAAUGAUUCAUGUUGCCUUUGCAAAGAGGAGAUGUGAUUGACUUUGGAAUAAAAUAUAUGUCUCACUAAUAAAUUUAAACAUUAAAUUUGGGAGUUAGAUCUUCUCAAAAA